GGGCUCCAUCUGGUGGGGCCCGGGGCGGGGACGAGUGGGGCCUCGGCCGGGCACCGCGUGGGCUUUGCGUUCUCCACUCUGGCUCCGGCCCGGGGCGGUGGCUCUGGAGCGGCAGGCGGGCUCCACCCCCGGGCCGGCCGCGCGCCCGUGCCUCCCAAUUCCCGGAGCCGGGGUGGGGGCUCGAGGCGGUGGCGGCGGCCCAGCUCCCGGCUGGGCGUCUGGGCGCGGGGCCAGGAAGAGCCGGGAGCGGCGGCGGCGCUCGGCGGCGUAUUGCGGGGAGGGCGGCGGCCUGGGCAGGGCGGCGGCCUGGGCCGGCCGAGCCAUGGCGGCCCCGGAGCCGGUGCCGAGGCGGGGCCGGGAGCGGGAGGACGAGAGUGAGGACGAGAGCGACAUCCUGGAAGAGAGCCCGUGCGGCCGCUGGCAGAAGCGGCGAGAGCAGGUGAACCAGGGGAACAUGCCUGGGGUCCAGAGCACCUUCCUGGCCAUGGACACGGAGGAGGGGGUGGAGGUGGUGUGGAACGAGCUGCACUUCAGUGACAGGAAGGCCUUUUCUGCCCACGAGGAGAAGAUCCAGACCAUGUUUGAGCAGCUGGCGCUGGUGGACCACCCCAACAUUGUCAAGCUGCACAAGUACUGGCUGGAUGCCUCCGAGGCCCGAGCCCGGGUCGUCUUCAUCACAGAGUACGUGUCGUCCGGCAGCCUCAAGCAAUUCCUCAAAAAAACCAAGAAGAACCACAAGGCCAUGAACGCCAGGGCCUGGAAGCGCUGGUGCACGCAGAUCCUGUCCGCACUCAGCUUUCUGCACGCCUGCAGUCCGCCCAUCAUCCACGGGAACCUGACCAGUGACACCGUCUUCAUACAGCACAACGGCCUCAUCAAGAUUGGCUCCGUGUGGCACCGAAUCUUCUCCAAUGCGCUCCCCCGUGAUCUGCGAAGCCCCAUCCGCGUCGAGCGGGAGGAACCUCGGAACCUGCACUUCUUCCCUCCAGAGUAUGGAGAGGUCGCCGAUGGCACAGCCGUGGACAUCUUCUCCUUUGGGAUGUGUGCCCUGGAGAUGGCAGUGCUGGAGAUCCAGGCCAAUGGGGACACCCGGGUCACGGAGGAGGCCAUCGCUCGUGCCAGGCACUCGCUGAGCGAUCCCAACAUGCGGCAGCCCUCACCUCCACCGCCCGUCCGCAAGGAAGGCCUUGGCGGAGUGGUACCGAGUCCAGAUCCCAAGGCUCCUGGGAAAGGUUCUGAGCCGGAAGGACCAGAGGGCUACUGCGUGCUGGAGGAGUUCAUCCUCUCCUGCCUGGCCCGGGACCCUGCCCGCCGGCCCUCCGCCCACAGCCUCCUCUUCCACCGCGUGCUCUUUGAGGUGCAUUCGCUGAAGCUCCUGGCAGCUCACUGCUUCAUCCAGCACCAGUACCUCAUGCCUGAGAACGUGGUGGAGGAAAAGACCAAGGCGAUGGACCUGCAUGCCGUCCUGGCGGAGAUGCCCCGGCCCCGCGGGCCGCCCCUGCAGUGGCGGUACUCAGAGGUCUCCUACCUGGAGCUGGACAAGUUCCUGGAAGACGUCAGGAACGGGAUCUACCCGCUGAUGAACUUUGCUGCUGCACGGCCCCUGGGGCUGCCCCGUGUGCUGGCCCCACCCCCCGAGGAGGCCCCGAAGGCCAAGACCCCAACGCCAGAACCUUUUGACUCGGAGACCAGAAAGGGGCUCUGGCUUUGGCCUUGGGUGUGCCUCUACAGUCACCACCCUGAUCUGGGCCACCUCCGUCCCCGCCUGGCUGCUGUCCGGGCCCCCAGCCUGGCCUCCUUCCUGCCGGCUUCCGUCUGCGCUCCGCCACGCAGCCCAAGGUCAAGUCCUGACGGCCAGAGCUGCCCAGCCAUCACGAAGGUGGUCCAGAUGCAGUGCAACCUGGAGAGAAGCGAGGACAAGGCCCGCUGGCAUCUCACUCUACUUCUGGUGCUGGAGGACCGGCUGCACCGGCAGCUCACUUACGACCUGCUCCCAACCGACAGUGCCCAGGACCUCGCUGCAGAGCUAGUGCACUACGGCUUCGUCCACGAGGAAGACCGGACCAAGCUGGCCGCCUUCCUGGACAGCACCUUCCUCAAGUACCGCGGAGCUCAGCCAUGACCUCGAUCCAGUGCCUCAGUACCCCAGCCCCCGCCCCCGGCCCCCCACAGCCAGCCGUGGUGGCCCACAGGCAUUGGCCCCUGGGUCUGCUCAGCAUUGGCCCCUGGGUGGGUGGGGACCCGCGGCUGCCUCCUGCCCGCUUGCCUGCUAGUGAGGACCCUCCCCCCGCCCCACAGCAUCCCCGAGGCCCCGGGGAGGGGCUGAUGGGGAGGGGGGAGGCCCCACUGUCCCGAGGGCCAGGUCUCCUCCAGGCCACCAGCUUCCACAACCCCCCUCCCUCCCCUCCCCUUCAUUUCCACCCCCUCUGGUCCCAUGUGGUCCAUGAAGGAGGAGGCUGCCCUGCAGGGAGCCCCAGCGCCGUGCUGGGCCGGCGGGGGACAGCCCUGGGCAGAUGCGGGCCCGGGGACGUGCUCCAUUCCGAGCUGGGACCACAGACCCACGCAAGGAACCACCACCUCAGACCGGCCAGUGUCAGGCCCACUGUCUGUCGGGUGCCAGGCAGGGCAGGAGAGACACUCCCGCGCCCUGGGGCCCCCGCAGGCCCACUCUGGAGCUCCUCUCUGACUUCCUGAUGCUCUGAGACUGGGACUUGCCACCCCAUCUGCAGACCUUCUUCCGGCUCCUGCAGCCCCUCCAAAGGGCUCCUUUCUCUCUGGUUCCCUGGCCCAGAGUGGGCAGGGUGCCUCCUCCGGGUCCUGAGGAAACCGGCCCCUGGCGCCCUCCCCCACCAUGGCCCUGGCCACGCUCUCUUGGCCCAUCUCCCUCCAUUUUCAAUUUUGGUUAAUCACUCGUACACAUUUUUAAGCUGCGUGUAUAAAUUUAGCCCAUUCAGGUUUCUUUCUAAACAUUUCUACUGGCACGCAAGAACAGCUUGCCGCCGCAUUCUUUGUUGUCGCCAUAAGGCUUUGCCACAAAUCAGCGCAUUUCUAUAGCUCCGUAGGUCAGAGGUCUGGCACAGACCCCACCAGCCUGAGAUCACGGAGUGAACAAGACUGUGUGUGUUCCUUUCUGAUGCCGGAAGGAGAAUCCAUCUCCUGCUCCGUCAGGUCGUUGGCCUCGAGUGUCAGCCCAGUGCCAGGCGCCAGGCGGCACUUCGUUUCUUCCACUUCCUCGCGGUGAAGGGGCCCAGGUCCCCGCUUCCCCGUCUGCUGUAAACCGAAGGCCAUUCUUGGCUUCCAGAGGCGCCAGAUUCGUUGGCUCACGGCCCCUUCCUCCAUCUUCAGAGCCAGCAACGUUGACGUGAGGCUUCCUUGUGAACCGUGUCUGGUUUUCUGCAGCCAGGGAAGAAGCUUCGUGUAAUUACAUGAGGUCCACCCAGAUAAUCCAGAUAAGCCCCCCAUCUCGAGGUCCUUAAUCUUAAUCCUAGCUUCACGACACCUUUCCCGUGUAAGGUCACAUUCCCAGCUUCUGGGGUUUAGGAGGCGGAUGUCUUUGCAGGAGCAGGGGUGUCACCCCUGCCCCCCCCCGCAGCAUCACCCUAACAAGAAUCCAAACACCUUUGACUAAGACAUGUCAGCUGAAUUACAUGUACGAAUACAAGUGAUCGUAAGCAUACUCCAAUACUCUCUACAGAAUUAUUCAAGUUCUUGCAGCUUUCAUUUUAAAAUUCCAGUCUAACUUACACAUCUAACUGAAAUCCUAGUACGAAGCUGUCUGACUCUGCAUCGUCGGAAACAGUCUGAGUGUGAAAUGCAUAACAGAUUGUACCAGUGAUUAAACCGAACUACCAGUACUAUC